UUGAAGCUCUCCCUUUAAGAGGCAGCCUGCAGUGACGAAUUGUUGAAAUUGCCAUUGCAGGAUGGCAUUCCGCUAUAAAUUCAUUGUUCCACCUCCUCUCAUCUUCACAUUUCUCUCCCUUCUCCUCUUGUUCACAUCGACAGACUGGGGAUAACAACAACAACAGGAAAGAUACAGGGAGGGGGCUUUUACAGAAAUCCAGGACGUUUUCCGCUUCUUGGGCUUUUUUCUUUUUUUUUCUUUUCUUUUUUUUUUUUUUUUUCUUUUUAACCAUCUCACCGGAGGCGAUCGAGGCGGUUUUGGGUGCUUGAAUUUCUUCUCUCCUCUUCUCCUCCUUCUCUUCAAAACAAAAGAGGGCAAAAGAAGGAAAGGAGCCCACCGGAGCCCGACAAAGUGCCGAGUCGCAGCAGACCUGCCCCUGCUGCUGCUGCUGCUGCUGGUGAUGAUCCGGUGACUACAGCAGAGGAGUGCAAGAGGAGUGGGAAGUGCUCAAACUUCUCUACUUGCCGGCUCCGAGCCGUCUCUCCACCUUUUCCUCUCUCCUCACUUUGCCUCCCCGGCAGCAGCGAUUUGGGAAUUUUUUUUCUUUAUUUCUUUCUUUCCCUUUUUUAAAUUUUUUCUUCCUUUUUUUCCUCUCUCUCUCUCCCCUUCCAUGUGCUCCCGGCUCUUCCCUGCAGAGAAACACAAAGUUCACACGCGAGCGGCUUUUGUUGACGUUUUUAUCUCUCCCACUCACACUUGACUUCGGGAGGGAGAACUUUUUCUUUUUUCUUAUUUUUAUUGCGUUUUUGUUACUUUUUAUUUCUUUUCUUUUCUUUUUUUUUUUUUUCGUUUUUUCCCCCCGCAUCUCUCCUUUUCUUCCCAUCCCUCAACUCCGGCGGCCGCCUCCUCCCCAACGCCGUCUCCCGUUAUUACCAUCAUCAUUAUUACCACCACAAUUACUCUCCCCGCCGCCCCGCUGCCCCGCGCCGAGGCGAGGAUGCUGCCGGCGCUGCUGUGGCUGCUGCUUGCCACCCGUGCCGGCCGCGCCGCGCCGCCGCCGCCUCCCGCACCUGCCGAGCCCGGCGCGCCGCCCGCCCGGCCCCCCGCCCCCGGGCCGCACCGCGGGGCCGUGCGGCGCCUCGACCCGACCUACGCGGGGGGCGGCAGGGCGGGCUACGUGCUCUACGCCGGGGGACAGCGCUUCCUGCUCGACCUGGAGCGCGACGGGCCGCGCUGCCAGUACCGCGGCACGGUGGACGGCAGCCCGCGCUCGCUCGCCGUCUUCAACCUCUGCGGCGGCCUCGACGGCUUCUUCGCCGUGGGCCGCUCCCGCUACACCGUGCGCCCGGCGCGCCGCGCUGCGCAUGGAGAGGCCGGAGCGCGGAUCUACGGCGAGGGCCCGGCCCGCGCGCCGCACGUCUUCCGCAGGGAGCGCUUCAGCUUCGAGACGGUGCCGGCCCGCGCCAGCUGCGAGACCCGGGACCCCGCCAGGCCGGCGGGCGGGGACGGGCGGCGGCGGCGGCGGCGGCGGCGCUCCGUGUCCCGGGCCCGGCAGGUGGAGCUGCUGCUGGUGGCCGACGCCUCCAUGGUGCGCAAGUACGGGAAGGGGCUGCAGCACUACCUGCUCACCCUGGCCUCCAUCGCCUCCCGGCUCUACGCGCACGCCAGCCUGGAGAACCACGUGCGGCUGGCCGUGGUGAAGGUGGUGGCGCUGGGCGACAAGGAGAGGGGGCUGGAAGUCAACAGGAACGCCGCCACCACGCUCAAGAACUUCUGCAAGUGGCAACACCAGCACAACCGCCUCGACGAUGACCACGAGGAGCACUACGAUGCAGCCAUCCUCUUCACCCGCGAGGAUUUAUGUGGGCAUCAUUCCUGUGAUACCCUGGGAAUGGCAGACGUUGGGACCAUCUGCUCCCCCGAGCGCAGCUGCGCGGUGAUUGAAGACGACGGCCUCCACGCAGCUUUUACGGUGGCUCACGAAAUUGGGCACUUGCUUGGACUUUCCCAUGACGACUCCAAGUACUGUGAGGAGAACUUUGGCUCCAUGGAAGACAAGCGCCUGAUGUCCUCCAUUCUGACCAGCAUUGAUGCUUCCAAACCCUGGUCCAAGUGCACUUCAGCAACUAUCACAGAAUUCUUUGAUGAUGGCCACGGGAACUGCCUGCUGGACCAGCCCAGGAAACACAUUGUGGGCCCCGAGGAGCUGCCGGGGCAGACGUACGACGCCAUCCAGCAGUGCAAGCUGGCGUUCGGCACGGAGUACACGGUGUGCCCCGGCAUGGACGUGUGCUCGCGCCUCUGGUGCGCCGUGGUGCGCCAGGGACAGAUGGUCUGCCUCACCAAGAAGCUGCCUGCUGUGGAGGGAACGCCCUGUGGCAAAGGAAGGAUCUGCCUGCAAGGGAAAUGCGUGGACAAAACCAAGAAGAAAUACUACUCGGCUUCAAGCCAUGGCAACUGGGGAUCCUGGGGACCCUGGGGACAGUGCUCCCGUACCUGCGGGGGGGGAGUUCAGUUUGCCUAUCGCCACUGCAACAACCCAGCCCCCAGGAACAACGGGAGAUACUGCACGGGCAAGCGGGCCAUCUACCGCUCCUGCAACGUCACUCCCUGCCCUGCCAACGCUAAAUCAUUUCGACAAGAGCAGUGUGAAGCAAGGAAUGGCUAUCAGUCUGAUGCAAAGGGGGUCAAGACUUUCGUGGAAUGGGUCCCCAAGUAUGCUGGAGUACUGCCUGGAGACGUCUGCAAGCUCACCUGCCGAGCCAAAGGAACCGGUUAUUAUGUGGUAUUUUCUCAGAAGGUCACUGAUGGCACGGAGUGUCGACCCUACAGCAAUUCAGUGUGUGUCCGAGGGAAGUGCAUCCGAACGGGCUGUGAUGGCAUCAUUGGGUCCAAACUGCAGUAUGACAAGUGUGGGGUGUGUGGGGGAGACAACUCUAGCUGCACAAAAAUCAUGGGAACCUUCACCAAAAAGAGCAAGGGCUACACGGACGUGGUGAAGAUCCCGGAAGGGGCAACCCACAUCAAAGUGCGGCAGUUCAAGAGCAAGGACCAGAGCAGGUUCACAGCCUACCUGGCCCUGAAGAAGAAGAACGGGGAGUACCUGGUCAACGGCAAGUACAUGAUCUCCACCUCGGAAACCAUCAUCGACAUCAACGGCACCGUCAUGAACUACAGCGGCUGGAGCCACAAGGACGACUUCCUGCAUGCCAUGGGCCACUCGGCCACCAAGGAGAUCCUGAUUGUACAGAUCCUGGCCACCGACCCCACGCAGCCCGUGGAUGUGCGCUACAGCUUCUUCGUGCCAAAGAAACAGGGGCAGCUGGCAAACUCCGUGCCCAGCAGCGGCGGCGGCAGCAAAGCGCCGGCGCCAGCCGCGCAGCCCCGCUGGGUGACGGGGCCGUGGCUGUCCUGCUCUCGAACGUGCGACACGGGCUGGCACACCAGGACUGUCCAGUGCAAGGAUGGGCACGGGAAACUGGCCAAGGGAUGUCUGCUCUCCCAGAGACCCUCAGCAUUCAAACAGUGCUUGCUGAAAAAGUGUUAA